AGUUAGGUCGUAUACAUAACUGAAACGUCUUUGUAGAUUAGGUCUUGGCCCAUUCAAGCUCUAAUGGGCUGUUGUGGUUGAAUUUUACACCACGAAAAAAAAUAUUUGUCAGACGCCAACGAAGCCCAUCUAAUUCCUCCCUUUAUAUAUAUCGGACGCCAACGCGGCAAUGGUAAUUUGUUCGCUUCAAUCAAAAUUCAAAACCCUAGUCGUCGAUAUCGAGAGAUCCAACCAACUCUGCUUAUCUGAAAAGUUGUAUUUGCGAUUACGGCCGUGUUCCUCUCUCUCUACUCUAGGUUUUCAAUGGAGGCUGUUCCCCCUAUUAAUAAGUGCAGUGGAACGGAUGAACUUGCCUCUUGGUUUUGCUCAGAAUGCGAUAUUUCUGGCAAAGGCUUUGAAACUUGCUUCAGGCAUCUCAAAUCUCAUGCACUGGAAGAGGAGGAGGCCAUAGAUGCAACACUAAGUGAGUGUCAUGAGAGAUACAACGAGGUGGUUGUUGACGGAGUUCCGGAUUCCCUUGAUUAUCAUCUGGAGCAGCAAUGGAUGACGGAUGACUAUCAUGCGGGUGUAACAGCAGUCCUUUGGGACAUCAAGAGGUGUCCUGUUCCCCCUGACUGUGAUGCUCGUCUGGUCGGUCCGUGUAUUACUGAGUAUUUCGAGGAUUUAGGCUACUCCGGUCCUAUCAACAUCUAUGCCUUUGGCCAACUAACAGACGUCCCUGAUGACGUCCUGCGAGCAGUCUCGUCCACUGGAAUCAGUCUUAACCACAUCACCUUCAAAACAGAUUCCGCAGACAUUAUGCAUCUCAUGGCUUGCUGGACCUGUUUGAAUCCACGUCCAGCUACCAUUAUGUUUAUAUGCCCUUAUUCGAAAGUCUCAAAGAACGAUAUGAACCAUCUAGAAGAAAAGUGGGGAUGCCACGUUAUUAAGCAGUUUACAUAUGAUUCUCCUGGUUCUCAGUCCUACUUUGGAAACUUUCUUCGUCUGGAAGAUGAUUCAGGGACUCUUGCGGAGGAUAAGUGCAGUGAAACGGGUGAACAUGCCUCCUGUGCUUGCCUAGUAUGCAAUAUUUCUGGCAAAGGCUUUGAAAAUUUCACCAUGCAUCUCAAAACUCAUGCACUGGAGGAAGAGGAAACGUUGGCUGAACAUUUUGGGCAUGUACACAUAGUUGCAACACCAAGUGUGUGUCAUGAGAGACAUUACAAGGAGGUAGUUGAAGCCGGAGUUGAGGAGGCUUCCCUUGAUUCUCAUCCGGAGAAUGCUACUACCAUGGUGAAGAAGCAACAGUAGCAGCAUUGUUGCGUAAAAAAAUGGUGAAUGUGUUGUUUAAUUCUUGUGCUUAUUUCAAGUCUCGUCUUUUAAGUUAACUAUACUUCAUAUAUAUGGAGAUCCGACAUUGUUAACUGGAUAGUAUUUCUCAAAUGAUCAAUAAUGUGA